CGCUUUUUUUUCGUCGUAUGUGGUUCCCUUUUUUAAAGUAUUCGGGGAUCCCGACCCCGUUUAAAAUCACGGAUCCUGUUUUUGGAUCCCUGUGGAUUGUUCAUUACCGCGCGAAGACUGUGCACCAUGCGAGUUGCUAUGGGGACGUUUGUAAACCGUCUUAUCGCCAUUUUGCUCUCUUGCUCAUUUAUUUACGUCGUUCCUUUUUUUAAUUUUCUUAAAUCAUUUAACCUAUCUUCGUCGCCAAAAAUGUCUAUGUCAACGAGUUAUCGUUAUGAAAUUGAGCGCCCAAGUGCGAAAUCCCUGAGGAAAGCUUUGAAAAGGCAGGAUCAAAGAAUAAAGAAUGAUCAGUGGAAUUCGGAAAGAGAAUCAACAGUAAAAGAAGAUAUCAAAGUCAACCUGAUUGCUGACUGGUCUGAAAAGCUAGAAGAGACAAGUCAAAGGAGAAAUGUCAAGCGUUGGCAUGAUGAGACUAAAUCAGAACUAUCCCUUGCUAACCAAGAGCUUGCUGCAGUACGGAGGGCUCAACUCCGCAAGUUAUUGAUGGAAGAGGAGGCAAUGUACAAAUGUGAACUUAAUGCUCAAGAAAAAGCUUUUUACAUUAAACGGACAUAGUAUGCAAAUACCAUAGUAUAUUAGGAGGGAGAAAUGGACAUGUUUUUAGAAGUUUUAUUUCCACAAAAAAAUAAUCAUGUGAAUACAGCAAAUGCAUUCAAGUGUAGGUAAUGUGAUUAAUGGGUUUCUCAGCUAUUUUUGUAAAUUAUUAUUGGAAUUGUUAGUGAAUAAAAUCAAGUACUUAAAUAUU